AAAGGAAGAUAAAACAAAAUGGCAAAAACAGUGUUAGAUCAGUGCUGUGGUAAUGGUAGGUUGGUGUCGGUAGUAUAAUAAGAAUUUAUAUCGAGUUCUUCCCUUCAGUUGUCGGGAUGGCUUGAAAUCGCUAGUGAUUGUGCGGAUUCUUAGUUUAAUACGAGUUCUGUGAAUUAAAUCAAUUAUAUGUCAUAUACUGUUGACUGUUUUCCAGAAUGCUAGUAGCGAUGACAGCUAUGUUAGUGUCUGUUGCUGAAUUAUCUAACAUUUUAUCGGUGUUGGCAGUUCUUAUCUGCUUUUGUGGAAUGGUUCUCUUUAUAAUGAGAAAUAUGACAGUUUUCUGGUUACAUGGGGAGGAACUCAUGUUUGGAAGUUCAGUCCACCACGUUCAGCCUAGGAUCCCACAGAUGAAGAUGAUGAAAGUUCACAUCCCAUUCACAUUCAAGCUACAGGAAACUUCCAAGUCCACAUAUAAAGAUGUCCAGUACACAGUAAGCAGCCAAGUGCCGUACACCCUGCAGGCAUUUUGGGGCGUCAGUAUACGGGAGCUGCAUCUGUUCCUGUGGCGUCCCUGGAGCGUCAUAGACUCUGCUGCCCGACAGAACCGUCUCCUGCACGGACACUACCAGCGGAUUGGCCCUUGCAUUCGGGAUGGAGCCCACAGUGAAUGGCAACAGACGAUGACUCUGCCCACCCCCUCACUGGAUCUCGGAACCCCCCCUCGGCUCUGCUAUCCUCUCGUCAUCUUCCUUAUCCGAGACAAUCCUGGAACUCUCCACCCUGAUGAGACUGUUGCUCUGAUCAAUGUAGUGCACAUCAAGGACUCAGUGUGCACCCUUCCAACCUCAAUUCUUGCCCAGUAUCUAAAGCAAGCCAAUGGUCAACUCUCCUGUCUCAAGCAACUAUACCUGGCGACAGGCAAUCCGUUGUCUUACGAAGAGGACGAUCGUCCAGUGCCAGUGGACGACCCGUGCUCGGCGUCUAUGUGGAGCUCGGCCGGCCAGCAGCUCUGCGUGGUCUGUCAGUACUUCCCUCUGUCACGCGCACUGCUUCCCUGCCGUCACACCUGUGUCUGCGCGAGCUGCUUCGCCAAACUAGAAUCCUGUCCUAUGUGUCGGUCGCCCAUCACGUCUUACUUCUGCAUCCGGUCGGAGGAGUACCUCCCCGAGACCGAUCUUCACGCCAGCCCCAGCAAGCCCGAGCCCAUCACCCAGUGGAUACAGGAUCGGCUCACUGACUUCCUCGGCUUCCACCGAUAAUCCAUCCUCAUCUUCCGCACUUGAAAUAUCUCGUUAAUUUAUUGAUUACAUUGAUUUAAAUUUAAUCAGAUAGUAAAAUAAAUGUCGACUUUAUUUUUUUACAGUGUUGUACUUAUUUUAAAAGAAUAUGACUAUAUUACAAAUUUCGGUAGAAUCAUAAAAACCUGGAAGUUUAAGGGUAAAAUAUUCUCUCCUAUAAGUAGUAAUGACACCAAUAUUGUUUAGAAUAAUUGUCCUCCUCUCAAUAAAUAAUUUAUAACAUCUACAUGUAUUCGUAUUUAUAUAGGAAUUGAUUUUGUUAAGGUUCAUAAACGUUCCCGUAGUGUUUUAACACCUCAGUGAUGUUUUCCUAGAAUUAAUGUACCUUAGAUGAUAAAGUUAUAGAAAAGGGCACUCAUUUAUUCAUUAUACAUAUCAUUCAUUUCAUGUUUGAGCGUAAUGAAGUUAUGAAAUUAGAGUCAAAAUAUAACAUUAAUUUUCGCUUUUGAAAUUGUGAAGGCACAUAGGCGUGAACUCUUAACUCGAUUUUCCUUUUUCUUUUCUCUCACAGAUCUCAAAAACAUUAAAUUUUCCUCAAUUUUGCUUCUCUAUUAUGUUUGUUAUUGCCGUGAACAGUUUUGUGUAUAAUUUUGGAUCUAAAACAUGGAAUCCAAAUGAAAACUACUACAUUAUGUAUUUAAUACUUAAAUAAGGUAAAGUGUGUAUUCCCUUUUGAACCCUUUGAGCUUCUAUUGUAGUAAUCCUUUGUUUUCACAUGGUCAGGUUUAAUUUAAACCCUGAAAAGUAAUGUUGCAACUUUACAAUAAACAUAACUAGCACAUAGAUUGUUAUUAUAGUUAUUUUCAAUGAUUAGGUUAUGUAUUAUUUAGUAUGAGUGUAAAUUACUUUUCAUUUAUACUUGACAAGAUUAAAUUUGGGUUGACCCAAAUUAAUACAGGUUAUAACAAUCUAACUAUAACAAACCUUCAAAUGUUAUCUAGUAGGGAGUAAUUGUCAUGCCCAACUUUAUGAAAAUAAACUUUUUCUCUAUUAAAAAAAAACUCUUAUUGAGGAGGCAUUGUCGCAAAAAAUAAGUUACAUUUCUGCUUGUUAAUUUUUUGUUGUGUUUUACAUACUUGAAUAUUUUUAUACUUAAAUGAUGAAACAUAAAAAAUUACAUUAGUAAUCUGUUCCCAAUUUUUUUACUGGUCAGUAAGUCUUCCAAAUUGCUACAUUCAGAUUUUCUUAAUACAGCAAAAUUUUGCAGAAUUUUUUAUUUGUAAGGUCUGGUGUAAAAAAUUCUAAUUCAUAGUUAAGAAUAUAACGUUAAUAAGUAAAUUAAUUUCUUUAGAUAAAAAAGAAGAAAUAAAUUCAUAAAGCAUCGUGUAUUUUUAUAGUUUAAAUUAAUUCGGAAUGGUGAUAGUCAGAAAUAAAAAAAUAUUGUUCAAUAACAAUAUGAUAAUACAAACUUAACAUAUUGGUCAAGUAACAAUUAUUUAUAAAAUAUGUUUUUACGAUAAGAAAGUAAAAUAUUGUUUACUGUUUGUACAAACAUGGUAUAAUAAUUAGUUACUCAAAAUUUUAGUCUAAGAAUGAAAGUGCUAUUUAUUAGAGGUCAAACUUUUCAGACAAUUAUACUUAAUGAAAAAAUUUAAAAUGCUUAAAUUUGUUUGUUAUUUAUCUAGUAAUGAAAGUGUAAGGUAAACCAAAGAAACGCAAAGUAACAGAUCUGAACGACUUUCUAAGGUUAAAUAUUUUUAAUUCACUCUUUAAAUAUGGCUUGUUUAGAAGCCUGUACUAUAAAUGAAAUGUAUUAUGUAGAUUUGUAUAGACGUUGUUUGAUUGUAAAUAUUGUAAAUUUAAAGAACCCUUUUUAUUGAAUGUAAAUAUUAUAAAUAUUAAGUGUGACUAUUUUGUUUUUAAACUAGUUCUCUUUGUCCACAGUGUUUAAUUCUUUGUUCGCAAUAAAGAAAUAGAUAUGGUUAGAAAAGUG